UUUGUCAUCUCAACCAUGUAGACGAGCGAAUUUCGCACGAAAAUAAUGGCCGACGAUAAAGGAUUCGUUUCGUUCACCUGCCAGCGAUGUUCGCAGAAUCUGAAGCUCGACGAAUCGCUGCACACGUUCAGCGAACACAUUUCAGCCGAGCUGAAUUUGCCAAUACAUUCCAGCAUCGACAUCGAUCUAGAGUCGCAAGUGACUAGUUUUGACCAUUUCAUCUCGGCCUGCCGUCUAUCAGACUCCCAUAAUGCCACCAGUAGCGGUUUCAUGCUGGUCUCAGACGAAAAGGAGGUGAACUUGCUGAGCAACGAGUUUAGGACUAAAGCCGCCCUCUUCGACCACCUGAGCGGGACCUCAGAAAUCGACCAUCCUCUCUGUGAAGAAUGCAGCGACUAUUUGAUCGAAAUCCUGGAAGAGCAGCUGGCACAAACCAUUCAGGAUCACGACGACUACCAGAAGUAUUAUAGCGUUUUGCAGGCGGAGGAGACCGAGCCCAAGCUGGCCGAGCUGGAGAAAGAGCUGGCGGAUCUCUCAGAAGAGGAAGGGCGGCUAAUGGAGGAGCUCCAAGCUCUCAGGCAAGAGGAGGAGGUCACUUUGAAGGCCAUUGCCGAGCAGGAGCAGCGCAGCAAGCAGAUCACUCAGGAAGAAGAGCGCUAUUUCCGAGAGUAUGCGCGCUUCAAGCGUCAGUGGCUCAUUGCAGAAGAUGAGGACAGGAGCUUAAAGUGCCAGCUGUCGGCCGCUCAAACUCACUUGGAGAAACUACGCAACACCAAUGUGUUCAACGUAACGUUCCACAUCUGGCACAAAGGCCACUUUGCCACCAUCAACAACUUCCCCUUAGGCACCCUACCGACUGCGCCUAUUUCCUGGCCGGAAAUCAACGCCGCUUGGGGACAGACCACGCUGCUCUUUUGCGCGCUCGCUCGCAAGCUCAAUUUGGUGUUCAAGCGCUAUCGGGCGGUGCCGUUCGGCAACCACUCCUACAUGGAGGUAGUGGGCGAGAACAAGAAAAUUCCGCUUUAUGGCUCGGGCGGGCCAAAGUACGUCUGGGACACGAAGUUCGAUGUGGCCAUGGUGGCCUUCCUCGACUGCAUGCAGCAAUUCAUGGAAAGAGUGGAGGCGGAAAAAAAAGAGUUCAAGUUUCCCUAUCGCAUCCAAAAUGGGAAAAUCGUGGGCCGCGACAACAUCCAGUAUUCCAUAAGAACUCUGAUCACUACAGAGGAGCAGUGGACCAAAGCUCUGAAGUACAUGCUGACUAACUUGAAGUGGGGCAUUGCCUUUGUGGCCUCCCAAUUUGACAGCGAUGGCCAGGAGAUCAAGCCCCCGACUGCGCAGUAGACAACAAUAAGCCCCGAGGAAAACGAGGAAUUUGCCUUGCAGCAUCACAAAGUACUGGAGGUGAUAGUUAUAUAGAUAUUAAUUAAGGCAAAUUGAAUAGUUUUAGCGAAAAAACUCCGACUGAUUAUUAUACCUCUUUUAAGGGUAAGAUGUAAUAUAUUAUAGUGUAUUCAUGGGCGUUUGAUUUCAUCUCAAAGUAGUGAAGUUUCCCAAAGUUAAAUCUAAUCCAAUGCAACGGCCACAUUGCCAGCAACUUUUUCGAAUAAACCCUGUCAGUUAUUUUUGUUUUAGUUUAUUUAAACAUAAAACUUUUUGCUACAACAUUUUAAAAUGCGUACUUUUUAGGAUCUUUCUGUUACUGCUUGUACUUUCCUAGUUGAAUGAUUUUCUGAAAACAUAUAUGUAAAUGUCGUAAAUGUAAAUAAUGACUCGCCUAGCUGAGCAUUGCCAAAUGUAGCAGAUUUAGGUGUUAACCGUUGAGCUGUCAAACAACUGUCUGUUUCAAAAAAACAUUAAAAACUGUUGUAUUUUUUGUGCUUAAUUGUCAAUGUAUAAGUGAUUUUCAUUUUUAGCCCUCUUUUUUCGAUUAUCGCCUCUACUUACUCCCGGAAAUGCAAGAGUUCAACAAUCCGAAUUGCACAUAGCUCAAGAACUGGAAGAAAUAACGACCAAAGCCGAAGACUUAAAGAAUAAAUCGCGGAAUAAUGGCACAUAACCAAAGACAGCCCCCGAGCAUCCUGGCCCUGAAGAACCUGUGCCAAAGAUAAAGAAGAAGAAGAAGUUUCUGACAUAACAAAUGACAGUGACAGAUCAGUUUAGUUGUCGAACUUCAAGAAAACUGAAGAGCCAUUCGUUCAUUCUUCGUCAUGUUUUCAAUCUAGAAUCAUCGAAGUUAUUUAGCAACAAAAUGGGGAAAUUGAAUCAAAAUCGGAACGAUAGCAACUGUAAAGAUUUUUGGUGCCAUUCCUCGUUGCACGGCACCUGAACUUGCCAGUUUGGAGAACCAGGUCCAGGGACCUGAGGACUAGAACCCAACCAGAACUAAACCACGAGUUGAAAUGAGUGGCGGCAAGGAAGUACGCGAUGUGGAUUAGAAAGGAAAAUCAGGACUAAGCGAACGUCUAGAAACCGAAUGUAUUUUUAAUAAACAAACAACUCAACUC